ACUCAUCCGCGUACGUACAUAACCUAUGGCAGCAACCCGCUCGCCCUCGCGCACUCCCCGUCCAUCCCCGCACCACCGUCUCUCAUUCAGCGAUGACGAAUGCGACGACUCGUCGUCCUGCGCUUCCGAGUCUUCGAUCGAUGAGGAUGCCGUGAACAUACGCGUGUCGCCGAACUGGUGUGCCUACAAGGACAUGAUUGCUUCCCGCGGGUUCCGUCUGGAUACCUGCAAGGACGUCAAGGACUGGUAUCACCAAUAUUGGGCCAGCCAAGCUUCCGAAGGUCGGACCGUGACCAAAGAUCUCCCCGGGUAUAUACGUGCUUGCCGAAGCCAGGAUGAAAAUGAGCUGUGCAGAGACGCCGGAUUGCCCGACCGUCUUUUUCGAGGAACGGAGAGGUCUACAGGUGUUAAGGUGGUGAUCAAGGCCGUCCACCUGAAUAGUCGCGAAUACGAUGUCAUUCGGCACCUCUCUCGUCCAACACUGCGGAAUCAUCCCAUGAACCACUGCAUACCUGUCUUGGAUCUGAUCGAAGUUCCCAAAGACAAGCUGGCAUUCAUCGUCAUGGAGGAGUGGCCGGCCAAGUUGACCACACACAUUCCUACCAAUCUGGGCCAGUACCUCGGCUGCCUACGCUAUUGCAUAGAGCACGCCGUGUUCAUGCAUGCGCAUAACAUCGUACACUUAGACCUGUCAUCAUGCAACAUAGUCACAGACCUUAUGGGCCGCUAUGCUUGCAUAGACUACGAAAGCAGCAUGCGCUUCGACGGCAUCCAGGAGCCCCGCAUACGUCCCACUCGAAUGGCGGAGCCUCCCCCGGAGAUGGAACGAGGCGAAGCCAGUGAUCCGUACAAGAUCGACGUCUACGGGCUCGGUAUGUUGGUGUUACGCACCAUGGAGACCACCGGGUACAACGUCCCUGAAUUAUAUUCUCUCAUCAAGUCGAUGAUUUGUGGCCAGUUCGAACAGCGUCCUUCUUCGCUUCAGGUCCUCCUCGCCUUCAAUACGAUCGUCUCCGCAAUGCCCCCUAAUAGACUGACUUCACGAACCCAUCGGCCAUAACCUAUGCUAUGUAUAGCUUGUCUGCUAUCGUUUAUCGGAGCCACCUGGCAUAUUUAGUCUGGCUGGAUAGACAUGUACAUUGUGUGUAAAACACGUGCGACCUUCCCUUGUAGAUAGUAGUGUAGACAGACAUCUCUGAUAUAAUGAAUAGUAUACC